CGAUUCGACCUUUCCUUUCCUUCGCACUAAUUCCUCGGUUCCGUCGAUUUCCCAUUAAACCUUUGGGCGAGCGUUUCAGUGGCCGACACUUUGGUGCCUGCUCGUUCGUGAAAUCUCAUAUGGUUUGUGUCUAUUUCGGGAUUCGAGAGGGUUGGCGUUGGCGAAAAAAGCGUGAGGACGAGGAUGUGGAAUAUGAUGAGGUAGUUGCUCGUGGCAGAUUCCUUGGCUAUGUUGUUGGUGUUGUUGGUAUGCUCUCAACCAUUCAGUUCUUUAGGCGUAGUUGACCAUGAAAUUCGAUCUUUGCCGUUUGCUUCAAUUGCAGGUAU